AUGCACAACGUAAUGCCAAUCGGCACCAUUCACCAGCUUCUUCUGGUUCUCUUGGUAGCCACCGUCACCACCACCAAUGCGUUUUCACGAAGUCACAAGGUUUACAUUGAUGAAAAUACACCAUGGGAAGAUCGUGCUAAGAGGUUUCGGUCACCCGGACUAGAAUUCAGUUCCGAGGGCUUAGCGGCAAGAGAUGGGGAUGAGCAUGAGGAACAGGCAAUGUUGGAUAUGAUGCGUGAUCUGCAGCAGGCAAACAUGCUCCAAAAGGCAGCCGACGUUGAGAGUCUCUACGCCAGCAUUCUUCUACAAAAAGCUCAAAGCGCAUUCGCGGCAGCCUCGAAGCUCCAAAACAAGGCCGAGGAAAUUAUGAGCAUGCCGUCCGAGGAACUUUUAAAAGACCAUACGAAAAAAGAAAAGAAAGAGCAGAAACCAAGAGGUUCGAGGGAAACGGAUGUUGGAAGUGAAAGCGAGGGUGAGGAGGACGAUGACUCUGGCAAGGCGCAGGAACGGUUUUCCCUCUUCGCACGCCAUUUGCAUCGCAACCCAUUCGGUAGGGAGCCGACUAAUUUUCCUCGUCCAGUUCAUGCACGCGCCCUUGAGAUUUCACCAGCCGCUCGCGAACUCUAUCAGUUGAGACUGCUGAGCAGUUAUCUGAACGGAGUUCGAGACAACUCAAAUGGAAUAGCGUCUCCAAGAGUGCUUCAAACCGACAGAUACGAGGAGGAGGAUAAUGAUGAAGACGAAGAAGAUGCUGAGGAGCUACAGCCGCCAGCUUAUUUGGCUGGUCCAUUUAGACGAAGGGGCAUUCCAGAACAGGACGACCUUCAAGAAUUUCUUGAAAGAUUUCAUAAGCAUGCUCAGGCCAGUUCAGACAGAACAAAGGUACGGACUCGUAAAACUGUUAUACUCGAUUAUUCUCGCAUUUUCGCAUUUACCCUCACCAUGCUGCAUAGCAAGACCUGUAAAUAUGCGUAAAGUGAGCACGUAGGCAUUAAGCUUUCAUUUUUGCAGCCAACCCUUACCGCAAAUGAAGCAAAACAGAAGGCUCUGAUGUCCGCUAUUAUCUAGGUUGACGUUUAACUUGAUCUACUAUAAAAAACGCACCAGAACUCAUCAUUACCUCACUUUCAAGGACAGUUGGAAGCAGAUUUAGCUCAUCGCGUUUGUGAUUCAAUAGACCAGACUGCUUCACUAUUGUUAGGCCUGCUCGUUGGUUGAGAUUUACAGGUGGGCACGCAUCUCGUAUGAAAUUCUUGAAAUUUUCCCUUCGAGUGGAAAAUAAUUUCAUAGGCUUGAUUUUUGUCCUUCAUAACAGCUUCAGCAGUACCGACGUUUGUCAAGGUUAUCCUCAGGACCUCAAAACCAAAACGACACUUGCAUAUCUAGCAUAGUGUGAAAUGCAUUGGAUGCAAAAACACCUAAAGCAAUGUGUUGUUUCAUUGUAAGUAACAAAACAAACAAUAAGUAAUAGUCAGAUAAGACAUAAAAGAAACUCGUCCGAAUCUGGUACCGAGGUCAAUCUUUCCUUUAGGAUUCCAAAAUGUAAAAAUUUAGUUUUCGAGUUCUAUUUUAAAACUAACUUUCACGACAUGUCGGCCGGUAGAAGUUGCAGUAUAUUUUCAUACAGGCCGGCAAAAAGUCUCUUCAUCAUUAAGGAAUUAAUUAACCCCGCCAUUUGUAGAUUUUCUACGUUAACUUACAAGUCCACUAAUAAAAAUGUUGCUUUGUUGUGAAGUUUUCAAUAUAAAUUCCACAAAAGCCUUUCAAAAUCUUAAAUAAAAAUUUAAAAACCUGUAGCAAAACAUUUGUUGGCUUUUAAGGUGGGUGAGUGACGUUUGUACCCACCUGUAUUUUCACUGCUCCUGUUAAUAAUUUUCGAUACUGUGUUACGACUGACAAAAUAAAUUAGCGAUAAUCUGAAUUUGAUCUUUCAGUGUUUCCUGAAGUAUCAAACAGUACUCUUGUACCUCACUCCAUGAGACAGAAAUAAACAAAGAUGUACGCAAAUGUAUGAAAAAGAUGAAAAUUAAUCUAAUCCCUAGAUUUUUAAAAGUGUUCAAGCAUGUGGGGAAAAAAUAGCUCAACAUUUCAGAGGCUGCAAUUUCUGAACCUAAUAUAACAAUUAACGCGACAAUCGUUUUUCCGUCAUUGUUUGACAACUCGGAGUGUUUGACUGUGUUCAUAAGCAGGCAAUUAGUGACUUUAAUCAUUGUAGAAGGAUGCUCUUUUACCUAGCCAAAUGCAGGACCAAAUAACACGAACAAGGUAUGGUGUAAAGUUCAACCGUGCAUUUAAAAAAACGGAUAAACCGGAGCGUUUCACUUGUAUUCACUACCACUUAUGACACAGAAUUCAACCCAAACUGAAAAUGCUCGAAGAAUGAGCUGUGGCUUUCUUAACAAUCGAUCACUUACUGAGACAAACAUAUAAUUAAAUGGACGUUUCGUUUUCUUGAGUAAAAUUGCUGCUUGUACUUUGAUGAUUGCCAACAACAGUGGAGUAUAUUUAAAGAUACUUUGUAUUCUUCCAAGAUCGGAACCAGCGCUUAUGGGGCCCUGACAGUUAUUUCUGUUGCUUUAACGCGGUUGGUCUUCACACAGCAAGGAUUGCUUCUGUCGUAAUAACCAUAACACGUCCGCGCCAUAAUACUGACAUGUUUCAACACGCCAUACUUCAUGAUAUUUUUUAAAUGCUCCCGACAAUAGAGACUAAAGCACGCGUUAUGACACUUGUAAAUAUGAAGUGAAUAUGCUAUGUGGGAGAAUACUCAGACUUUACAUUGUUAGUGAAGAUAAGCAAGUUUUCUCACAUAAGUGUAGGGCUGUAUAUGUAUGGAUAAGGGGCUAAAGAAUCACUGAAAUUUCUUGCUUUGGACCCACGUUGUAAAGGUCUGACGUGUUCUUCGGGCGCUAUUGCAAUCACUCAUCACGUAAUAAUACUGAUUAUUUGAAAUAAUAGUCCAAGGAACUCUCCCUUCUUAUUUGGUGUAGAUAUAACUCGAAGAGACACCUACUGAGAAGGCUCUAAAUACACUCCGUGUUUCGUACUAAAAUAUUAAUGUAAAUUAACAUGCGGAAAAUGGAGUAAUAGUCAAACUUUAGGUAACAAAAUUACCUCUACUUUUUAGCGUCAACGGAUGACACCGUCUAG